UUGUUUUAGUUAAAUUAAUGGUACUUUGUCACUAUGUCUGAUGCCAGCAGUAAAACUCUGUCCUUCUCCUCUUAUAGGUCAGCUUCUCAGGGGGAAAAUUCGACAGAUCUUUAUUUGAAACUCUCGAAGCCAGUGGCGAUCUUUGAGACAAAUGAUGACAACCAGGAUCAGGCUAACGUCGUGUCAAUAUUUUUCGAUCAAGUUUUAAACCAGCUGUUCGUAGUGAGAUCGCACGGGGCUACAGGUGUCUCCUCCUACUCCGCGUCUCUAGUCCCCUCCAUUUCCGGAGCUCUAUACUACCCCCAGUGCCAGUUCAAGAUAUCGUCACCCUUUUUCGGACCCAUUAGAUCCAUCAAACAGUCUCCAGACGGUCGAUGUCUGUCAAUAAAAAGGGCGAACCAGCCCAACCAGAUUGAAUUUCUUCUGCCUCCGAAUGAGACCGCGGAUGUAUUUGAGUAUGCCUUUUAUCAGUCGUGUAAAGCCAAGAACUCAAAAUUGCAGGACUUCUAUUGGGUGGGAAACACACAGCUAUUGAUUGUGACUAACAUGUCCUUGGAGUAUUACUGCGUCAAUAUUGCUAAAAAGGCGUGCAAAGUAGCGAAGACUAUUUCUAUGAAUGUGGCAUGGGCGAUCUUUCACAGACUGCCUUCUGGGUCGAGAGGAGGAGGCACAGGGAACAGUCCGUCGAUGUCUGCUCCAGAUGAGUACCAGGGACUGCUAGUUGUAUCGACGUCUGACCAGCAAAAUGUUGUCAACCCCUUCAUCUUUAAAUCAGGCUCGUCUAGUGGCAGUGUGGUUAAGCUGGCGAAGUUUGAAGUGGACAUGCCGAUGUCUUCCAAGCGACCAGGUCAGAAGCAACAGCUGCUGGAGAGCGACCUAUCCCUGCUUACCAUAUACGAGGAGACAUACGUGUCGGUUAUCCGAAGACAACCCCUUCUCCCUCACCCACACUCGUCUGCUAAGGUGUCCUCGGAGUUGGUGCUUUACCGAGUUUCAAGGGAGGCUCCAGCUAACAAAGCAUACGUUCUGAGAUUGUCGUCUGAAGCAGGUCUGUUUGCGGUGAAUGUUGUGGACAAUUUAGUUGUAGUACACUACCAGGAGAUGCAGAUAUCGAUGCUGUUUGAUGUGAAACUGUCUGGAGAGAGUGACGGUUUCACAACCUUUCUCAAUCCUAUCCUAACGCCCCCUGGAAGUCUAGCCAAGGCAGAACCAGUCGUCCAUCCCAACUCAGGAAAGACACAUGACGUGAAGUUGUAUGACAAAGCCUGGGUUGUGUUCCGCCCUGAUGUCAUAAUCAACACCCAAAUUGGCGCCAUGUGGAGACUCACAUUAGACCUUCGUAAAAUAGCACCGAAGUUUACGACUAAUUCUGCACUGCUAAGAUUCCUGCAGUUGCGCUAUAAUAGCCGACAGCUGCAGUUGGAUCUGUUCAAAAAGUUCUUCUCAGAGAAAACUGUCACCUUGGCUCAGACGGCGACGCUCUUCGACAUCUCGAAUGACGCAUACAAGCGCUUCUUCGAAUCCGAGCGAAGUCAAGCUAAAGAAAAGAAGUCUAGCAGAGGAGAAUUGUCAGACAGAGGGGGACUGCGACCCUUCACCUUCCACGACAACUCAGUUCUUCACCAGAGUGACAUGUUGACCAUCUUCGUGGAUAUGUUAGACCAGCCGGUGGUGUCUCCAGAUAGGAGCAAGUUCAUAGUGGCUGUGAUUUUGGAAUUCAUAAAGUCGCUGGAAAAGAUGCGAUUUCAAGUAGACUACAAGGUUGAAGAUGUUCUUGUGAGUCACCUGGUGCGCACACAGCAAUUCUACCAAUUACAUCAGCUGCUGCAGUUCUACGUCAUCACAGACAGACAGCUGAUGGCCUGUAAGCUACUCAGUCUCCACGAACAGUACCCGGCCGCCAUUCAACUCGCACUGGACAUGUUCAAACGUCUCGGUCAGGACUCACACUCAGAAAUUUUGGAGUUGUUGCUCUCGCGCCAGGAAGUCAUCACUGCCAUUAAAUUUGCAAAAAAGUUUUACCUGAUUGAUGACUUGAGAAGGCCAGAAAAGUUCCUCGAAGUAGCCAAAAUCACGGGAGACCGGAUUCUUUACUACGCAGUGUACAAAUUCUUCGAAGAGUUCAACUUCCAACAGUCUAGUCAGCGGUCUUUGUUUCCCUCAGCAAAGUGUGUAAUAUACACUCGACAUUUUGAAGAGCUUUUUGGCCGCAGUAGUCUGGAGGAGCAUAAAGAUACGAUGAAUGUUGGCAUCGCCAAGCAACUGAGUGUUAUUUAGAAAAAAAUUGAUAUUUGAGUGAUUAAAUGCAACGGCUGAGCAAUCACUUUGAUGGAAUGGAAAAAUUCGAGACAAUGGACCGCUUGAUACAUAAGUAUUUUUGUCGCAAGUGUCGUAACGCUGUUUGUUUUCGUUUAAAAAAGUAUAUCUGCCUCAAUGUAUAAUUUAAGAAAUGAAAUUAAUAUUUUAAGACGAAAGUGCCAAUUUCUACUGGUAUCAAAGUUCAAUGUGUCCUUCAAAAAGAGUUCAGAAGUUUUUUGUUUCAAGCUGAAUCAAAAAGCAAACUGUUAUGGAUUUUUUCUGAGUAGAAGUAGCCUUAUCUUAUCCCACAUACAUGAGGCCUUACAUCAACCGCGUUUCUGGAACAAUCUGCAUUAGUGAUUUAAAAUUUAAGAUUUUGAAUGUAUUCGAGUUUCAGUGCCUGUCAGUUUUGAUGAUAGUUUUCCAUAGAGGUUUACGAAAAGUUCGUUCACCUCUGUAUCAAUAAAUAAGUAAUCUGAUAUCUCAAAAAUUUUGAAGACUCAUCUACAUUUUUUAGAUUCAAGGUUUGUCGAUAAACGACUUUUUCUUGAAAGUUGGAUGAACUGCAAUGACAAUACUUCACCAACUUCUUCAAAAUGGAGGCAAAAAAGAGUGAAUCAAUUAACUGGUUUCCCAUGAUACUUUUUGGCGUUUCUGUUCCACCGUGAGGUAUUUUUAGACUAAGAUUUAAGGCAGCUGAAUGCUUAGAUCUAAUCGUGUGUUAACUCGUUUUUGUGUUUUUUUUUCGCUUCAGAUUGGGUGAUAUAAGGUUUCGAGCUAGUUUUUGUCCAUCAUACUUUGAA